UUUGCAUUGCGGUUUCUGUUUCUUGCAUUGGAAAACAUGAAAACGGUAGCCAGUUGAUCUUAUAUUCAAUUGAAGAAACCACAAAAAUCCGUAUGCCCUUUUUCUAAGUUUGCAUUUUGGAAAUGGUGGAUAGGAUGGUGAAGAAGGAGGUUGAACAACAUGAUGAACAAACUGUGACUCUGGGUUUCUAUGGAGACGAGCAAGCUCAACGGAGGUUUUCUAUAAACAUGAUGGUCACAAAUGGCGAGGCACAAAAAUUUGCAAGCUCUAUGAAGGCUACAACAGCAGAAGCAACAUCCUCUCGUGGUGAGGCUAAGUCAUCUGCUGUAAUUCGAGCAGAAGAGAUCCGAUCGAGUUUGCAAGGCGAAUACCCGAGUUUUGUGAAGUCAUUAGUGAGAUCACAUGUUGCUAGUUGUUUCUGGAUGGGUCUGCCUGUGGCAUUCUGUAAGAAGCACUUGGCAGAUAAGGAUACAACGAUGACUUUGGAAGAUGAAUAUGGCAAAGAAUACAAGAUGAAGUACAUCGCAUGCAAAACGGGAUUGAGCGCAGGUUGGAGACAGUUUUCUGCUGUGCAUAAGUUGCAGGAGGGUGACGUCUUGGUCUUCCAGUUAGUUGAACCUGCCAAGUUUAAGAUUUAUAUAGUAAGAGCAGAUAAUUUAAGGGAAGUAGAUGGGGCCCUUUCGCUCAUGAAUCUAGACAGUUAUGCAAGACAAAAGCAGAGAGAGAAAGAAAACCCAGAGAAUGAUGCUUUAGAUGCUAGUAUUACAAAGAAGAAACCCGGAAAAUCUGUUGCAAUUGACGUCCAAAAGAAAAAGGCAUCAAAGCCAGGACAUAAAUCUGUGCAACCGGCGCAAUCCGAAAACGAUAGCGAAGAAGCAGUUUCAGAAGUAUUUGAAGGGUUUAGAACGCUUGACUUCAAAGAUGUCAAAGGAUUUGAAAACUUUAGCAUCAUAGUGGAUGGUGUGGUAUUAGAUGCCGAGUUCUCUACCGAGGUUAGAAACAAAUACUACAAACUAUGUUAUAGCCAACGUGCUUUUCUUCAUGAGAACCUCACCAGGGGGUUGAACUAUAAGCUAGUUGUUGGAAUCAUAACGGAGACUGUAAACAUUGCGGACGCCAUAAAAGUUAGCGUGCUAGCUACGCCACGAUUCGACUUCUCGAAUUGGGACAAAACCCUGCUUGCCUUUGAGCAUAUGGGCAUGAAUGUUGAGUUCUUGAGAGUGAAGUUGCGGCGAUUGGUGAGCAUUGCAUAUGAGACUGAUGAUGCCUUAGAAACUAGGAGAUACUUCCAGUAUAAAAAUCAACACUCAAGAGCAGAUGAGGAAAUAAAGAAUAUGGAGUCCAAGCUGGAAGAUUUGAAAGGAGCUUGUAAGGAUUUUAGUGCUUACAUUAAGAGUUUGAAGCAAAAAGCUGAAACUCAUCAAAACAAGUUUCAGAAAGAGGUUGCUGCUCCUUGGUGAAACAAACUUGCA